UUCCGAUCAUGGUGCCCCUUUCCGGAGAUUGCGAGGCUAAGCUCAUGAAACGCAUACAGAUCGCCGCCCUUCGCUAUCUAGCCCUACUAGAUGGCCUGGAUCACCGACGAGGCCGAACGCGAUGUUCGGUGAUGCAUGGUAUGAGCUCGUCAUCUGGUCCCUAUCUGUUUCGUCUAGAUGUUCGAAGAGCCUUGUGAUCACGAGCAUGUAGACGUCGCACACAAUUACGAGA